AUGCCUCAAACAGUGCAGUCUAAUAAUGAAAACGAAUUCAGACUUACGAGAUCAAAAGUACAGCAACAACAGAAUAUAACAUCAACUACAACGCAACUUUCUAAAACUACUAUAUCAACAACUACAAUUAACACUGAAUUGACAACAAAUCAUCAACAUUCAUCACAAUCUACCGAAGCACUCGAGCAAAUUCAGAGCCAGCAAACGACGCGACAAUAUUUGGGUGAUGUUUCGAACCAGUACAUAACAAGACAACCUUUACCAAAUAGCACGACCACAAAUAAAAGAAAACCAUUGGGCGGUGAUAAUGCUCCUUUGCAACAACAAAAUAAAUUGGCUAGACCAAUACCCAUUCCUAAUGAUAAUAAGCUUUCUUCCUUGGCUGUUCCUUCACGAUUGCCUCAAAAGAGACAAGCCACAGAAUCGUCUACUAAUUUGGUAGAGAAGUUGAGAAUACCAGACUCAGCCGCAGACAACACCGAAUCUUAUCAUAAGAAAUCAAGAUUAAUAGAUUAUGAAUGGCAAGAUUUGGAUGAAGAAGACAUUGAUGAUCCUUUAAUGGCCAGUGAAUACGUUAAUGACAUUUUCUCUUAUUUUUACGAAUUGGAAACCCGAAUGUUGCCAGACCCACAAUAUUUAACGAAGCCAAACACCCAUUUGAAACCACGAAUGAGAUCCAUCUUGGUUGAUUGGUUAGUUGAAAUGCAUUUAAAAUUCAGAUUGUUGCCAGAAUCUUUAUUUUUGGCCAUUAAUAUCAUGGACCGUUUUAUGUCAAUUGAAACCGUACAAAUAGACAGACUACAAUUAUUGGCAACUGGUUCGCUAUUUAUUGCUGCUAAGUAUGAGGAAGUUUUCUCUCCCCUGGUUAAAAACUAUGCGUACUUUACUGACGGCUCCUACACUGAAGAAGAAAUCUUACAAGCUGAAAAGUACAUUUUAACCAUUCUUAAUUUUGAUUUAAACUAUCCAAAUCCAAUGAAUUUUUUGAGAAGAAUUUCCAAAGCUGAUGAUUAUGACGUUCAAUCCAGAACAUUAGGUAAAUAUCUAUUAGAAAUAACUAUCGUGGACUACAAAUUUAUUGGCAUGAGACCAUCCUUGUGCUGUGCACUGGCCAUGUAUCUAGCUAGAUUGAUAUUAGGUAAAGUACCAAUUUGGAAUGGUAAUUUAAUUCAUUACAGUGGAGGCUAUAGACUAAAUGAUAUGAAACCAUGUGUUGAAUUGAUGUUUCAGUAUUUGUUAGCACCAAUAGAGCAUGAUGAGUUUUUCAAAAAAUAUGCCAUGAGAAAAUUCAUGAAAGCAAGUACUUUAUGCCGAAGCUGGGCCAAGAAAUUUGAAGCAGAAGGAAGAGAUUUGUUUGAUGUUAGUUUGUCGACUCAUAGAUUAACAUUGGAAAGUGAUGAACUGUAA